AUGUCCUGCACUAAGUCAGUGGCCACUGACCUCUCCAUGGUGGACAUCUCAAACCUGGAGGGUCUCCAGACUGAACUGACUCAGCUGAGGACACUAGUGACGUUAAAAGAUAGAUUAAAGUGGAAGGAGCAGGGCGAGUCUCAGAGAGAGACCACCAUAGAGAUCCAGGAAGCUGUUUGUGAAAAUGAAAAGCAGCUAACACUACAGGAGCUGGAGGAAGGAUCUCUACAGUGUGAGCAUGAAGCAAACCCUGUGCAGAUGUCCAGCACUGUGUUCAGCGGUGGAGACCAGCAGACACAGUUAAAGAUGUGUUCAGUGAAGCUGGUGGACUGCAGGAAAAUGAUUAACCCUGACAACCAUGUCCAUACUAGUGAGCCAAGCCAGUUGUUGCCGAGCAAUGAGGACAGAUGUAUAAGUGGAGAACUGAUUCAAAAGAAAGAGAUGAGCCAAAGAGCAAAGCCUCAGAAAUCUUCCUCAUCUUCACAACACUUAAACAAACAUGGUAAACACAACAGACAGAGAGCAGACCUUAAAGCCCAUCAAGUGACACAUAUAAAAGAAAAGGCUCACAAGUGCUCUCAGUGGAGUAAGUCCUUCGAGAUUGCAACAAGACUUAGAAAGCAUCAGAGAAUACACAUGAGAGAAAAGCCUCACCAGUGCACCACUUGCGGGAAGACGUUUUUACGUGCUUCGGUGCUUAGGAACCAUCAAAGGGUCCAUACAAAAGAAAAGCCUUACCACUGCUCCCAGUGUGAUAAGACCUUUGCUUGGUCAGAUGGUCUCAGAGCCCAUCAGACAAUACACACAGGAGUAAAGCCUUACCAGUGUUCUCAGUGUGGGAAAGCCUUCUCUUACUUUUCUAGCCUUAAAAAGCAUCAGCGAACACAUACAGGAGUAAAACCUUACAGGUGUUCUCAGUGUGGGAAAACCUUCUAUCAGUCUUGUAACCUUAAAAUGCAUCAGCGAGUACAUACUGGAGAAAAGCCUUACUCGUGUUCUCAGUGUGGGAAAACCUUCUCUCAGUUGUCCAGCCUUAAAAGGCAUCAGCAAAAACAUACAGGAGUAAAGCCUUACUGGUGUUCUCAGUGUGGGACAACCUUCUCUCGGUCUUUUAACCUUAAAAGACAUCAGCGAGUACAUACUAGAGAAAAGCCUUACUGGUGUUCUCAGUGUGGGAAAACCUUCUCUCUGUUGUCUAGCCUUAAAAGACAUCAGCAAACACAUACAGGAGUAAAGCCUUACCAGUGUUCUCGGUGUGGGACAGCCUUUUCUCUGGCUUUUAACCUUAAAACACAUCAGCGAGUACAUACUGGAGAAAAGCCUUACUGGUGUUCUCAGUGUGGGAAAACCUUCUCUCAGUUGUUUAGCCUUAAAAGGCAUCAGCGAACACAUACAGGAGUUAAGCCUUACUGGUGUUCUCAAUGUGGGAAAAUCUUCUCUCAGUUGCCUAGCCUUAAAAUGCAUGAGCGAGUACAUACUGGAGAAAGGCCAUACCAGUGUUCUCAUUGUGGAAAGACUUUCUCUCAGUUACCACACCUUAAAUGUCAUCAGAAAACACAUGCUACCACCACAGAGAUCCAGGAAGCUGUUUGUGAAAAUGAAAAGCAGCUAACGCUACAGGAGCUGGAGGAAGGAUCUCUACAGUGUGAGCAUGAAGCAAACCCCGUGCAGAUGUCCAACACUGUGUUCAGCGGUGGAGACCAGCAGACACAGUUAAAGAUGUGUUCAGUGAAGCUGGUGGACUGCAGGAAAAUGAUUAACCCUGACAACCAUGUCCAUACUAAAAAGGCUCACAAGUGCUCUCAGUGUACUAAGUCCUUCGGGAUUGCAACAAGACUUAGAAAGCAUCAGAGAAUUCACAUGAGAAAAAAUCCUCACCAGUGCACCACUUGCGGGAAUAAGUUUUUAUGUGCUUUGGUGCUUAGGAACCAUCAAAGCGUCCAUACCAAAGAAAAGCCUUACCAUUGCUCCAUGUGUGAUAAGACCUUUGCUUGGUCAGAUGGUCUAAGAGCCCAUCAGACAUUAUACACAGGAGUAAAGCCUUACAGGUGUUCUCAGUGUGGGAAAACCUUCUCUCAGUCUUGUAACCUUAAAAUGCAUCAGCGAGUACAUACUGGAGAAAAGCCUUACUGGUGUUCUCAGUGUGGGAAAACCUUCUCUCAGUUGUCCCACCUUAAAACGCAUCAGCGAACACAUACAGGAGUAAAGCCUUACUCGUGUCCUCAGUGUGGGACAACCUUCUCUCAGUUGUUUAGCCUUAAAAGGCAUCAGCAAACUCAUACAGAAGUAAAGCCUUACUGGUGUUCUCAGUGUGGGAAAACCUUCUCUCAGUUGUCUAGCCUUAAAACGCAUCAACGAGUACAUACUGGAGAAAAGCCUUACCAGUGUUCUCAUUGUGGAAAGACUUUCUCUCAGUUACCACACCCUAAAUACCAUCAGAAAAUACGUGCUGCACAGAAGACUUAA